CUGCGGGAGCGGCGAGGGGGUGGGAAAGCCGCCGUCUGGGCGGGCGGGGAGGGCCCUCCCGCCGCCGUGGCUUCGGCGGAGGCCGGGCGUGAGGAGCUUGCCGCCGCCUCUGCCUCGCGGGCCGCGCUGAGGGGACUGGCCGGAGAGCGCCGCGGGCGGAUGGAGGCGCCUCCUCGCCCUGUCUGAGCUCAGGAGGGGCGAGAGCGGAGUGCGGGGCCCGCCUCCUGCCGCAGGAGCGGCCGCGCGAGCCACAGGAGGAGCGGCGGACGUCGGCUUCUCCUCGCGGAAGCCCCCAGCAUGGUUGACUAUAUUGUGGAGUAUGACUAUGAUGCUAUACAUGAUGAUGAAUUAACUAUUCGAGUUGGGGAAAUCAUCAGGAAUGUGAAAAAACUGCAGGAAGAAGGAUGGCUAGAAGGAGAAUUAAAUGGAAGAAGAGGAAUGUUCCCUGAUAAUUUUGUUAAGGAAAUUAAAAGAGAGACAGAAUCCAAGGAUGACAAUUUGCCCAUCAAACGGGAGAGGCAUGGGAAUGUAGCAAGUCUUGUACAACGAAUAAGCACCUAUGGACUUCCAGCUGGAGGAAUUCAGCCACAUCCACAAACCAAAAACAUUAAGAAGAAGACCAAGAAGCGUCAGUGUAAAGUUCUUUUUGAAUACAUUCCACAAAAUGAUGACGAACUGGAGCUGAAAGUGGGAGAUAUUAUUGAUAUUAAUGAAGAGGUUGAAGAAGGUUGGUGGAGUGGAACCCUGAACAACAAGUUGGGAUUGUUUCCUUCAAAUUUUGUGAAAGAAUUUGAGGUAACAGAUGACGGUGAAACUCAUGAAGCCCAGGAGGAUUCAGAAACUGUUUUGACUGGGCUUACUUCACCUUUACUCUCUCCUGGGAAUGGGAGUGAAACCACACCUGGAUCAAUUACACAGCCAAAGAAAAUUCGAGGAAUUGGAUUUGGAGAUAUUUUUAAAGAAGGCUCUGUGAAACUUAGGACAAGAACAUCCAGUAGUGAAACUGAAGAGAAAAAAACAGAUAAGGUGCCCUUAAUCAUCCAGUCAGUAGGAUCCAAAACUCAGAAUGUGGACAUAACAAAAACAGACACUGAAGGUAAAAUUAAGGCUAAGGAAUAUUGUAGAGCAUUAUUUGCCUAUGAAGGUACUAAUGAAGAUGAACUUACUUUUAAAGAGGGGGAUGUAAUUCAUUUGAUAAGUAAGGAGACUGGAGAAGCUGGCUGGUGGAAGGGUGAAUAUAGUGGUAAAGAAGGAGUAUUUCCAGACAAUUUUGCUGUUCAGAUAAAUGAACUGGAUAAAGAUUUUCCAAAACCAAAGAAACCUCCACCUCCUGCUAAGGGUCCAGCUCCAAAGCCUGAGCUUAUAGCUACAGAGAAGAAGUAUUUUUCCUUAAAACCUGAAGAAAAAGAUGAAAAAUCAGCGCUGGAACAGAAACCUUCUAAACCAGCAGCUCCACAAGUCCCACCCAAGAAGCCUACUCCACCUACCAAAGCCAAUAGUUUAUUGAGAUCUGGAACAGUGUACCCAAAGCGACCUGAAAAACCAGUUCCUCCACCACCUCCUGUGGCCAAGAUGAAUGGGGAUGUUUCUACCAUUUCAUCAAAAUUUGAAACUGAGCCAGUAUCAAAACCAAAGCCAGAUUUUGAGCAGUUGCCACUUAGACCAAAGUCAGUAGACCUUGAUUCAUUUGUAGUAAAGAGCUCUAAGGAAACAGAUGUUGUAAAUUUUGAUGACAUAGCUUCCUCAGAAAACUUGCUACAUCUCACUGCAAAUAGACCCAAAAUGCCUGGAAGAAGGUUGCCUGGCCGCUUCAAUGGUGGACAUUCUCCAACUCAAAGCCCAGAAAAAACCUUGAAGCUACCAAAAGAAGAAGAUAGUGCCAAGCUAAAGCCAUCUGAAUUAAAAAAGGAUACAUGCCAGUCUCCAAAGCCAUCUGCGUACCUUUCAACAUCUUCAAGUGCUUCUAAAACAAAUACAUCUGCUUUCCUAACUGCAUUAGAAACCAAAGCUAAAGUAGAAACAGAUGAUGGGAAAAAAAAUUCCCUGGAUGAACUUAGAGCCCAGAUUAUUGAAUUGCUGUGUAUUGUAGAAGCACUGAAAAAAGAUCAUGAGAAAGAACUGGAAAAACUGCGAAAAGAUUUAGAAGAAGAAAAAGCAAUGAGAAGUAAUCUAGAGGUGGAAAUAGAGAAGCUGAAAAAAGCUGUCUUGUCUUCUUGAGGUGGUGUGGACCAGUGUUCUUAACGUUCCAGGGAUUCAGCAGCAACACUAUGAACUUCAACUGACUUGUUACUUAACAAUAAUGAAUACUGGUGUUGUGAUAAAGAAAUAUGAGUAUAUGAACUGUAAUAUCUAUAGAAAAGUAGAGUAAGGGUGAAUUUUUUCAUAUAUAUAUAUUUUGUUUUGCCAAUAUGAAAAAAAAGAGGCCUUAUUUCUUACUGUGCUGGGAUUGCAAACACUUUUUUUAAAUUUGUUUGCUUAAAAAUACUACUGAAUAUGUAUAAAAAGGAAAGAAAGUUCACAAUAGUUUUUAUAUGGAAACUUGUAGUAUUAUUUUUAAAGAGAUCUAUACUAUAAAUAUGGUAAUAUCUUUAAAAAUCUGUAAGAUAUAGUAUUUGAGAGGGAAAAAUUAGCUUUUUAGUAACUAUAGUCACUACUUUUUCCAUAAUGCAUAAGGGAUAUAAAAUAUGCAUAUGUGUGUCUGUAUAUAUAUUUUUAGUUUUAGCCUCUUACCCAGGAUUACACUGUUGUGCCUAUUUGUCUGCAGUGCUGUUUAUAUUUUGGGUGAUGAAAUAGGAGUUUCUAAGCUAUAAAUCGGAUUAUUCAUCCAUGCAUAUAGUAAUUACUAAUGAAGUAAUCAAAAUAAUUUCUUCAACUUUUAGAAUAUUUUAUAUUGCUUGCACUAGAGUACUCAUAAAAGGAAUUUAGUUAAAGUAUAUUGGAUUGUUAACAUAUUUGGGAAAAUAUGAACUUUAUUUUAAAUUCAUUAGGUCUAAGGAAUCUAAUAUUAUUGUAACCCUUAACUUGUGCCUAGAAGCUACAGCACAUGUGAAAUAUGUAAGCACCAGCUCUAUUGCUUUGCUUUUCUGCUUAUUUUAUAGUUUCAAAUGUUACUCAUUUCAUUAUCUUAUGAUUUAGUUCUUCAUGCUCCUCCUCCUCAUUUUUAAUAAUGGUAAUAUUAGGAAAACAAAACUUUUCAGAACUUCAGUGUGAGAUUUGAUAUUUUGACAAGUUAUCAUCUUGUGAAUACUCAACGUUUCACGAUGCAUAAUUUACCUAAUAGACCAAACUAACUCGUGGAGAUAUUUUGAACUAUUACUUAGGCACCAACUUACAAAGAGCAUUAGUAUGUCAUAAAAUCUAACAUUACAACUUAUUUAAAACCAAAUAUAGUUGACCAUAUUCAAAAUACAUUUUCAUAGAAUGGAUGAAUUAGUCAUUUCUUCAGAGUCACUUAUGAAGAGUUGAACAUUUUUAAAUGUUAUAUCUAUAGGUAAUAUGUUUAGAAACACAGGUGGGCUUAUUUAAAAUUUUUAAAUUUGAAAUUAUUUUAUUUGCGAAAAAAUAGGUUUUAAGCUUUAUUAUAGCAAAUGAGUGUCAGAUUUUGAGUACCAAUCAUCAUGCUUUCAUUUUUUCUUUUAAACCACUAAACCAAUAUUCUCCCUUUAUAUUUUAAUCUUAUAAUACAGAAAUCUUGUGUAAAUGAAAUUUUGUCAUGUUUCAAAUAAGAGAUCUAAAGUAGAAAAUAAUAGAAAUGCCAAAACACAAUUACAAAAUGUUUACUUUAUAACUUUAUUAGGUCUUUUGGGGAAUGCUAAUUAUGUAUUCAGAAUUUGCAUUAUAUCUCUUUAAAGUCUUUGGCCUCUUCUAAUAAGGUCACUGCUGAACAGAAUUGUUCCUUCCUGUUCUGUUUUUAAAUGACUAGUCAAAUGAAUGAUUUUCCUCCUUGUUAAAUACAUUAAAUCUUGGUUCUUUUAAUGGCAGUCCUCAGGUAAAAAUAAAACAUUGUAUCCUAGAAAUCAUCCUCUAGCUUUCUCACUGGAAAAUCAAUUUAAGUGAUUUCUCCCCACCCUAAUAAUGGGAUGGGAGAAGGUUUCAGCAGAUUUCAGACUGUUAUUGGUCAUUUUCUCACUAGUACAUACAAUCAGGAUGGUCAUGAGUACUGAAAUACAUUUAAAAUGUUUUGUUUGUGUACUCCUCAGUCAGAAUAGAAAAGUAAUUGAAGUACCUUGUAUAUUUUUCUACCCUUGACAAAAUAGUAAAGAAAAUAAAACCAAAUGAACUUGAACUUAAAGGGAAAAAUUCCUUUAUUCUAGCAAUCUUGAUAUGGGAACUUUUAUUCAUUUCUAUUCUUGAAGUUCAUAUCACAAAAUGAUAUAUAAUAAUAGCUUUUAUUUAGGGGUAAUUUUUUUCUACAUGUGAGUAUAAAUAACAGACUAAAGGUGAACAGCAUGGAAUCUGAAUCAUUGCCAAAUUAUUAGUGAAUCUAUAGUUCUGGUUUCCUAUCCUUUGAAACACACAAUAUUACUUAAUUUCCUAAUUGUAUUUCAAUGUUAUUUUUUGUGUGACCACUGAGCUUCCGUUUUAUUGUAAAACAGUUAACUCUUUACAGAAUUUAAGUCUGAAGAUGUAAAGAGAGAAUAGGCCUUGUGUAACAGAUGAUUCUCUAUUUUAUGCUUCUUAUUGUGAUCACAGAAAAAAAAUCCAAGUGCUUUCUAGAUUUUUGAUAAACAUUUUAUGUGUGCAUUUAAACUUGAAAUGUAUGAGCAGAAUGAGACAAUCAUUUAAAUCAAAAAUGAGAAGUAUUAAUAAUUUAAUGGCCUUGUUUUGCUGUAGCAAUAAAAUGACCAAGUGCAAUGACUUGAUUUAAUAAAAAUCAUCUUUUAAAAGUUGCUGCUAUGAAUAUUUUUAGCUAUAAAAUUUACUCUUAUUUUAGCCUGACUUGCUUUCAGUAGCUAUUAUGUUAUGCGGUUGAUGUGGUAAUCUGACAUUCCAAAAAAAAAGGGGGAGGGAGGAAUUUCAAAGUAGCAUACUUCACUGACAUGUUUACAGGUGCUGUAUAAAAAGCAUGUUUCUUCCUUGAAAAGAAAAAACAAUAAAGAAUUGUAUUGCCAAUUG